AGUACGGAUCGUAUUUUCUGUGCGAGUCGGUUUGGGUCACGAGGCGAAUGGCGAAGGAAUGGGGAAAACGUGAAACGCAUGAGAUAAUUCAUAAAAGAGACAAAUUGCGACUGUUGGCAACAUUUCUGGGCUGUUUGAAAGAAGGAUGGCGUCGGGCGAGGAGGAAGUUUCUCGAGCAAGAGAGAAGAACGAGCGACAGCAACAACCGGAGCUUUGCACGACUUACAUUGUGCUACACGCUCAAGACGUCCGGCAACCGAUUGGUCGUCGAGAAGAAAGUCCCCCUCAGCCGCUGGGUGGGGCGCCCACUUGGAGGCGGGAGGAUCCCCAGCCCCCCCAUAUUAAAGGGGAAGAUGAGGAACUCUGCAUCACUCAUGAGGGUCUUCAAAGGCGGGAGGAGGCUGAUCUCAGCAAGUUGCCGCUGACCGGUGUCUCCGUGAAGACAGAAGAGCACGACGACAAACCAGACGCCUGGCAGCUGAUUGAUCCUCAGGAGGAGCAUCCCCAUCAGUCGCAGAGUGGGAGCUCCACUUUGAAGCAGGAGGAUCCACAGCCCCCCCACAUUAAAAAGGAAGAGGAGGAGCCACAGUCCCACAACAUGAAAGAGGAGGAGGAGGAACUCUGGGUCACUCGGGAGGGAGAGCGUUUUCUAGGACGGGAGGAGGCUGAUCUCGCCAAUCUGCCACUGACCGUUAUCACCGUGAAGACCGAAGAUCGUGAAGACCAACCACCCGAGUCCUCACAGCUUCAUCACAGUCCAAGUGAGGAGAACACAGGGGCGGAGCCUCCAAGCAGCAGCUCACCACAGCGCAUGACAACAGAAGCUGAUGGAGACCACUGUGGAGGAUCACCAGCACGCAGCCUCUUAGCUCCGCUAUCAGAUAGUGACGACAUUACGUCACACUCUCCUGAGGAUGAAGAUGGGGACGACACCCGAGAAGCUUUGAGCAGCGAUCCAGACUGUGAAGGUGAUAUGGGGACUGACGACAAACACUCGAAAAAGAAGGCAGGUAGAAACCAUUUUACCUGCUCAGUUUGUGCUAAAAGUUUUUUUUAUAAGAGCUAUUUGACACAACACAUGAGAACACACACGGGAGAAAAACCUUUUAGUUGCACUGUUUGCGCUCAAGGAUUCUCUCAGAAGUCAAAUAUGGUAACGCACAUGAGAACGCACACAGGAGAAAAACCUUUCAGUUGCUCAUUCUGUGGUAAACGCUUCACUAGGACAGUAACUAUGGUCAUUCAUAUGAGAAAACACGCAGGAGACAGACCUUUCAGUUGUGCAGUUUGUGGUGAUGCGUUUUCACAUGCAUCGUCUUUCAAAAAACACAUGAGAACACACGAGGCAGAAAAACCUUUUAGUUGUCCAGACUGUGAUAAAAGCUUCUCGAAAAAAGUAAACAUGGUAUCACACAGGAGGACACACACGGGAGAAAAACCUUUUACUUGCUCAGUUUGUGGUCAAGGAUUUGCUCAGAAGUCAAAUAUGCGCUCGCACAUGAAAACGCACAGAGGGGAAAAACCAUUCAGUUGCUCCGUUUGUGGUCAAGGAUUCUCUCAGAAGUCCAACAGGCUUUCUCACAUGAGAACACAUACUGGAGAAAAACCCUUUAGUUGCCCACACUGUGAUAAAAGCUUCACUAAAAAAGUAGACAUGGUGAAUCAUGUGAGAACACACACAGGAGAAAGACCUUUCAGUUGUGCCAUUUGUGGCGAUGCGUUUUCUCGGGUCUCAUAUUUAAACACACAUAUGAGAAGCCACACAGGAGAAAAACCAUUCAGCUGCUCACAUUGCGAUAAAAGCUUCGCUCAAAAGGCACACCUGCGGUCCCACAUGAGAACACACUCGGGAGAAACCCAUUUUAGUUGUUCAGACUGCGGCCAAAUCUUCACCAAAAAAGUACAUUUAAUAUCCCACAUGAGGACACACGCAGAAGACAAACCCAUUAGCUGCUCAGUGUGUGGCCAUACGUUUGCUCUGACUUCCUCUUUGUACAGACACAUGAGAACACACAGGAUGUCCUCUGUGAAUCGUGGCGAGCGGUCCGGGGUGUUGUCUUCUAUCGACUGAUAUUAUAUGUCGUCCAGGGAGGGCGGAGAGCAGCCAGUGAUUUUCUGAGCAGUGUUGAUAACUCUCUGCACCUCCUCCUGCUCUGGGCAGUUCAGCCUUGAGGUUUUUGAAAUGUACUCUCACUGAAUUUAUGAAAGUGUGUACAAUUAAUUAGAUUUUUUUGAAUGACAUAUUUAACAGCUGUCGGUGUCUCUUCCUUUGUGUAUGUGUUGAUCAACUGUCAAAGUUCUUGAGCAGUGAAAUCUUGCAGUACGUCAUUCCAGGUAACUGUGACACAGUGACGUCAUUCAAGCCAAAAUGUAAUUUCAUCUUACAUCAGUUGAGGAUACUGUAGCAUGUCAGAGACUUUCCUUUUCGCUUUUUGGCACCUAAUGAGCCAGGGGUGUCAAACUCGUGCCGUGGACGGCCGAGACACUGCAGGUCACUGAAGCGGGUGAUUUUAACCAUCAACACUUGCUUGAAUGUAAGGGAAGGAGCUCAUGAGUAGUCAUUGUUUGUUGAAGUCUAACAUUGGAUAUCUUUUAACUUGUACAUCCUAGCAAUGGUAAGAAAUUUGAAUCCGUUGCCGUUGUUGUGGGAAAAAAAAUGGUUUCUUGGGAAAAGAGUGCCUGAAAUAAAGAAUUAAUUUCUUUUGCAAAAGAGGCCAGACAUCAAAGAGAAACAGAGCGUGCACAGCAUACAUGUUGUAUUUCAUCCUUUCAUUUACAGGGAUGGCAGAAACGGAACAUUGAAACGGUAGACUCAUUCGGAACAAUUGAUUCAGAAAAGGAGUCGAUUUUUUGGAACGUGGCAACAUCUCCCCACAGCGACACCUGGUGGCCAAUUGUAAAAUACCACAUCAAGCAAGCAUGCAUGGUUAUUGGUGACAGCGUUGGCCAUUUACACUUGCUCUUUGGUCUCAGUGUGUCUGGAUUUCAACAUUGUUUUCAAUGUAUGCCUGGAUGGAAGGAUGUAUUUGGGGUCACGUUUCUUGACAAAAAUUGACAAAGACAGCAUUAAGCAAACGGCUAAUUGACCAUAGCCGCAACCACGGUCGGCGUGACCCAUUGAAUGGCCCUAUUUUUCGAAACGGCCCUGUCAAGAAAGUUGAUAUCACGGCCGAACAGGUGGCCUAAAGACGUAGUAUUAAGAUAACCUUUUGUUUGUUAGUUUCUCCUAUUUCCUGGUGCUUUAUGUUAUGUUACUUUUUCCCCUUUUUUUCACCUCAUAUUUGGUGUCAAAUGCUGAUACUGCAUGGGAAUCCAUAAAGGUAAGUUUGGAUGACUUAAUGAGUGCUAAUGUGCACAUUUGUCUCCAGUUAAUUCAUGCUAGUGCUCUGCCUUUUAGCACACAUGUCAAACAGCCAUGUAAUAAUCUCUCUGGAAAAGAAACCCCAGGCUUGUACUGGUGGACAGUGGGCCUGCAUUCCUUUUGUGCCUUUAAUUUGAUGUUGUUCGUGUCUUAGUUUUACACAUCAUAAAUAAGAUUCAUGAGAUGGCUAUCAGGUACGAACUCCCCCCUGGUCCGCGGGAGAUUUGUGGGAACACAUGCCGGUCCGUGGGUCGAAAAAGGUUGGGGACCACUGAUUUAGACAACAACAACAAAAUCGAAGGAGCCGGGUCUUUUAGUGAGCUGAGUCAAAAGAAGCACCUCUCUAUAAAGAGCCGAAAAUUCCAUCGAUGCUUGAUGUCGACAAGUUCCAUCACAAAAUGCUUUCAAGGAAUUGAUUUCAAGGAAUGUCUGUAAAAUGACUUUGUGAAGUGCAGUCAUUGAACCCCUGUUCUGUUUUUGAAAUUAUAUAUUUUUUAGGACAUAUUUAACAG